UGUUGACGAUAUAUCGAGCAAAUGUGUCAAGAUUUUUUGUGAAAAAAUAACGGGAGUGUGUUUUCUCGGGAGAAAAUUGCCCAUAACAAUUUGUUAAUGUUCAGGAACGUGCAAAAUUCACGAUUAAUCCAAAAUUAACCGUGUUCUCUUAUAUAUUUGUAUAUUUUCAGACCCUUUCCACUGCAUUUUCAUUAGUUUAUUUAACUCCAAAAAUUUCUUAGCCAUGGCGGCUGGGGCAGAAUCUCACUUGCCUAUGUCAUUUUCAUGAGUUUCUAUCUCAUUUGAUUUUAGGGAAUCCUUUUCAGAUUAUCUAGUCACACCUGAGGCACAGUCCUCAUUCAUUUGCACCCUUUAUCUCUUAUCAAAACCCUUCGGUAUUCCCAAUUUUUCUCUUUUUAUAUCCUCAUUUGGUGUUUUUACUUCGAAAUAAUGAAUAUACAGACGAUUCGAAAUGUUAGCGAUUGUGUACCACUCUACCUACCACAUAGCUUGUAUCUCAAGCCAAUUGCAAAAAUCAACAUUUCUGUGUCAUUGCCACCCGCCGUAGUCGGCAAAAAUAUCUCCAAUUGGGAUGUGAUGGAAAAAUUGCGUUCAAUGAUUGAACCAGAAACAUUCUCAAUCCUCAAGGUCUCCAAGAGUACAUUGGAAUUCAUAAGGCUGGAGGCUGAGGUUGAGGAUAGAGCCAAGUUGAAAAAUGUUGUGGCUCGAAUUGAUGGGAGGAUGAUAAAAUUGGCCAAUUUUACUGAACAUGUCCGUGUUCGGGCAUCAGAGGCCAAAGAAGAUUUUCCCACUCGUCACGACUGGGACACUUUCUUUCGCGAUGCUCGCAAUAUGGACGAGAUGAAGGCAGGAGAACGUCCCGAUACAAUUCACAUCUCAAAUUUGCCCAUCACUUGGUUCUGUCCGAGGCACAUGGAGAAUGCUGAUCAUCCCAAACCCAGUGAAAAUAUCUUUAAAAGAAUUUUUGAGAAGUUUGGAGAAGUCCGCUGUGUGGACAUUCCCAUCUGUGAUCCGUACAGGACAAAGAUGAAAUCACAUCUGACUGGAGCUCAAACUUUCUCGUUCGACAAUGAAGUAUACUUUGAAGGUUAUGUGCAGUUUUCCGAAUAUCUGGGCUUCGUGAAGACAAUGGAUGAAUUUCGGGGAAUGAAACUCGUAAGAAAGGACGGUGAUAAAAAUCUUGCUGUGAAUAUCAUUGUGGAUUUUGACAAGACCAAACAUCUCAGUGACUCUUCGCUAAAGAGGCGACGACUUGUUCGGGAACGUCUAAUAGCAAAAGAUCGUGCUUUGGAGGAGGAAGAUCGUAAGAAGCAGAAAGAGUUGGAGCAGAAGAGAGAGCGUGAGAGGCAACGCGAAGAGGAACGUAAACGUAUUGAGUUGGAGAAACAAAAGGAGCGCGAGGAGAAGCGCAAAGAGAAGCAUUUGAAGAAGUUGCGCGAGAAGGAACAAAUAGAGCUCAAUGAUAAAAUUCGGGCAGAAGAGAAGAAAUUGCUGGAGACUCAGAGAAAACUCGAGAGUAUUCGAUUGCUUGAUGCUCUGUUUGAACGAAUUAAAAUAAAAUCCAAUGAGUUGUUGGAGUCGAAAAAGGAAGAGGAAAAGAAUUCAUCGAGAAAGAAGGAGAAGAAAGGCAAAAAAUUGGAAAAUUUGCCAGAGAAUGAUUUGAGGAAGAAAUUAGUAAGUCGAUAUAAAAGCACGCAUGAGGAAGAACUGGAAAAGAGGCGUGAGAAACUCAAGAAAGUUCGGGAUGACGUGAUACUGCAAGAUCUUCUGGUGAAAGGACGCUCGAGAUCUCCCAGUAUCGAUACAAUAAGUUCCAAUGAUAGUGUUUUCAGUGACACUAGUACAAAAUCUGGAAAUAGGAAGAAGAAGAAAAAAGCCAAAAAGAUUAGAAAAUCUUCUUCCUCAUCAGAAGAAAAUGAUAAAGUGGGGAAAGCCUUGGUUCAACCACCAGCUUUUCCAGCAAUGUAUAAUCCCGAAACUGGAGAAUAUAUUCCAGUGGGAAUGUAUCCAUAUGCUGGAUUCUUCCCACCACCCAUUGCUCCAGGAUUGACUCAGGCAUAUUUUCCGGGAAUGGACGGCAUGAAGUCUUAUAGGGGAGGUGGAGGAGGAGGUGGCUAUUCACGGUAUCCUCGUGGUCCGAGAGGUAGAAGCUCUUACCGCGGUGGACGUGGAUAUCACUAUGGGGGUGGUGGAUAUCGGGGGUAUGAUUAUGGAGAUGAUUACAAAUAUCGACGAAAUGAGCAUGAUGAUCGUCGAUCGAGAUCGUACUCGAGAUCACGGAGUCGGUCAAAGUCUCGCCGUAGACGUUCAAGAAGUCGCUCACAUUCGCGUGAGAGAUCACGGGAAAAAUCUCGGGAACGAUCUCGAUCGCGAUCACGCUCCAAAUCACGAUCGAGGGGUAAAAACCGCCGAUUGGCAUCGACAAGACGAUCGCGGGGUCGUUCGUCGUCUUCCUCUGCAUCAGGACGUUGGUCAUCGCGAUCGCGUAGCCGAGGAAGGCAUCGAUCUCGUAGAACAUGGUCCAGAGACAGAUCCAGAUCAAGAGAUCGUGGAAAAUCUAAAUCUAGAUCUUGGUCAAAAUCUCGGUCAAAAUCACGCACAAAGUCUCGAUCAAAAUCUCGAUCGAGAUCGAGGUCCAAGAGGAAGAACAGUGCUCCUCAGAUAAAGUUGCAUCCAGAGAAAUUAGUGAAGACAGCUAAGGAGAUUCAGAGGAAUGUAGCAGAGAAACUGCAAGAAAGGUUGCGGGAAGAGGAAGAGAUGAAGAAGAAUUUGUUGGAGAUGGAAAAAGAGGAGAGGGAAAGAGAAUCAAGGGCGAAAGUGGAGGAAUCCCUUGAGAAAAUGAAGGACGCCAGGGAGAUGAAGAGAAGAUCAAAUUCUGCAGACAUUGACAACUCCAAUUUUAUCUCAACAUCGCCCAAGCAAUUGAGCCUCUCGCCUGAGGCGGAGGACGAAAGUCUGAGGACGAGUCUUCAGUAGAGUUGUAGAUAAACAAUUUUACUAUCUAAUUAUAUAUUCUGUAUUCUUUUGAAUUCAGUUCUGAACAAUGAAUUUCAAAUUGAGAAA